AUGACAACAUACACAACAAACCACGCCCCCUCCGUCCUAAAAACCCACAGCUGGCGCACCGCCCAGAACUCCGCCCCCCAUUUACUCCCACACCUCAAGCCGGGCCUCAAAGUCCUCGAUGUCGGCUGCGGACCCGGAAGCAUCACAGUCGAUCUCGCUCAGCUUGUUCAUCCAGACGGGCAUGUUACCGGUAUUGAAUACGUAUCUGACCCACUAGAGCAGGCUCGCGCGCUUGCAAAGGCCAGAGGUGUCAGUGCGUCGAAUGUGGAGUUCCGCGUUGGAGAUGUGCACGCGUUGGAAUUUGGCGAUGAGGAGUUUGACGUUGUGCAUGUGCACCAGGUACUCCAGCACAUUGCGGACCCGGUUCAGGCACUCCGGGAGAUGCGGCGGGUUGUGAAGAAGGGCGGGGUUGUUUCUGUGCGCGAGUCGGAUUCCAUGUCGUGGUAUCCCGAGAAUGAGGGGAUAGCUGGCUGGCUUGAGUUAACGGGGCGGAUGGCCAGGGUCAAAGGGGGGAAUCCACAUCCUGGACGGUAUAUUCAUGUUUGGGCUGUUGAGGCCGGGUUUCAGAGGGAGAGGGUUGAGAGGAGUGCGGGGACGUGGUGCUUUAGUACCCCUGAGGAAAGAGAGUACUGGGGGGAGUCGAUGGCGACGAGGAUGGAGAGUUCGGGGUUGAGUGACGGCGCUGUUGAAGGAGGGUUUGCGAAGAAGGAGGAUCUUGAGGAUAUUGCCAGGGGGUGGAGGGAGUGGGUGAGGCAGGAGGAUGGCUGGUUUGGCCUGAUGCAUGGCCAGAUUUUGUGUUGGAAGUAG